AGAAAAAAGAGCCUCCCACAUAACACAAGGGUUUAUAAUCACCAAUUAUUGAAGAGAAAACCAAUCUUGUGAAGAAUUAUUAAGCACAUCCGCAACGUCGUUGCAACGAGUUUCAACCUCCACCUGCGUCCAACCUUUUGAUUUGAUCCAGCUAAGAGCCUUUUUUACUGCUAAUACCUCCGUUUCCCUUGGGCCAUAGUUGCCUCUAACAGACAUAUUCUUUGAUGUGCAUGAAGCCCCCAAGGUCAUCACGAGAAAGAAAGCCCACUCGCACCUCUCCAUCAACCAAGCAUAUGGACUCGCCAAGUCCAACAUUAACCUUCACGAAGCUAGCCUAAGGUGGCACCCCAAAUUGUCCACACAGUGUGCAAUGCUAGACCCGCCUGGUCAUGCAAAUCAAAAGGCCUAAAAAGUUUCUCAAGCCACAGUACAAAACUAGAAAUUUUAAGUGUGUACCAGCCAAGAUCCGAAGUUGUCCACACUUGAUUUGCGAAUUGGCAGCCUAUGAAGAAAAGAAACACUAUCUCCUCCUCCAUCUGACAAAGCAAAGACUGCAUGGCAUUUUAAAACGAAUUGUAUUCGGUGAAGAGCCACCGAGUCACUGACUAUAUUAAUAGUGGACUAAAGACACACAGAGUGCAAAUCAUACUGCAUAAUUCGAGCCUCAAAAUACAUUUAAGAUUUAAUAGUGUACACUGAACACUUUGCUUAUAGUAAAUCGUUCAAUUCCAGUUCCACUCAAUGUGCAAAUCACUCGAACUUGUUAACUUGAGCUUCACAGACGACCUAAUCAUUGUAUGCAAGGCAUAAGACAAAUCCAUAAAGGCUGUUAGGGAUACUCUAAGAGAACUACAGGCUUGGGCAUAAAUUUCAGUAAGUCAGAAAUUAUAUUUGGAGGGGUAGAUGCAAAGAAUCAAGAGAAAUUCCUUAGAAUGACAAACCUUCCCCUUGGAGAUCUUCCUAUUAGAUACUUAGGAAGCCCAAUAUCUGAAAAACAAGGAUAAGUGAAAAAGAAUGUGAUAGACUAGUAUGUAGCAUUACCUCUAAAAUCUCUUCUUGGGCCAUUAGACAUUUGUCAUAUGCAGGUAGAUGUCAACUUGUUAACUCAGUUUUGUUUGGAAUCAUGACCUUCUGGUGUCAACUCUUUAUUAUCCCAUCGAAGGUCAUGAGAAAAGUGCAAAGUAUUUGUAGAAACUUUCUAUGGAUGGCUACGGCAAACUACUCUAAAGUUCCCCUUGUUAAUUGGGAUGAGGUAUGUCUUCCCAAAACAUAUGGAGGGCUGGGUUUGAGGAACAUGACCUUGUGGAACAGAGCUUUUAUGCCUGGUGAAAUGUAACCAAAGAGAAAAAUAACCUCUGGGUGAAAUGGAUUCAUGAACGAUGUAUGAAAGGGGAGGUGGGAAACUAUAAACUGAAAGGGAAUUGCUGUUUCUAUUGGAAGAAGAUUAUUCGCAAUAAAAAGUGGUUUGAAAAAAUGCCGGUUAUCAAAGAAUAUACAAGAGAGUAGGGGUAUACUUGGCUACUCGACAAGAAGAGUAAAUCAGAUUGGACUUCUUUUAUUUGGAACAAGCUGUCAACCCCAAAGCAACAAUUUCUUCUCUAGCUUACUUGUAAGGGCAGGGUGAAUACCAAGGUAAGAGUGAGCAGAUUUGCUGACAAUGAUAAAACAUGCUCCUUUCGUAGAAUUAAAGAGGAAGACAUCAAUCACCUAUUCUGUAAGUGCCCUCUCACUACUGCUCUAUUGAAGAAAGUAUCAGAUUGAUUGGGCUUUAAAAUCGAGGGGGGAAGUAUAGAAGAAGUUAAAAACAGCCUAAUGACCAUCAAAGGGAGAAGAAGACAAGAAUGCAUUAAUGCAUAUGCAUCCACCUGCUAUUGCAUAUGGAAGACGAGGAACAAACUUGUCCAUGACCAGACUGCAUUCCAGGAAGAAGAGAUAUUCAAUCAGAUUCAAUUACAUGCUGAAGCAUAAUGGAGGAAAAGUUAAACAGCUUCAUAGAAGUAAAACAGAGUUUCAAUGUUCUAUGUUAUGAGUUUAUGUGGUUGUGAACGUUUUUUUUAUCCUGGGGUUCAUUCAAAAGCUCGUGCAUUUUGUUCAAAAAAAAUCCUUGUGUAAUAAUUACUACUUCACAACUGCAUAAAAAACCUCUUGAUUAAUAAGUGUAUUGAAUGUUUUGUUUAACUGGGAUAUUCUUUUAUGCAAUUGUGAAAUAAUUAUUACAUGAGGAAUGGUUCGUUUUGAUUGAAUGUUUUAUUAGCAUUAAUACAAAAUACAUGUUUUAUAGAAUUCAUGCAUUUUGAUCUAGAAAAAAACCACUUUUAAAUUCUUCAAAAUGAAGAAAAUAUCAAACUUAAUUGUCUUUGAAAUAAUCAUAGCUUAAUACCAAUUUCAAAAAUGAAACUAAAACCAAAUU